GGUCCGGGUGGAGCAGAGGAGGCGCCGUCUCCUGACCCGUCUCAGUCCCAGAACCACAGAGUCCAGCACAGCUUCGUCCAGGAACUUUUCCAAGCACAGUACAAAUCGUCCCUGACCUGCCCUCACUGUCUGAAACAGAGCAACACCUUCGACCCUUUCCUCUGCAUCUCGCUCCCCAUUCCUCUGCGACAGACCAGGCCGCUGUGUGUGGUUCUGGUCUUCAGCACUAAAGGUCAGAGGUACUUGCGGGUCGGGCUGCCCGUGCCUCUCUUCGGCUCCGUGGCGUGCCUCAGGAGGAUGGUCGCUGAUGAGGGCAAAAUCUCUCCAGACCAGGUGAUCCUGACCGAGGUGUACUCCACGGGCUUCCAUCGCUCCUUCUUUGACGAGGACGAUCUGAGCAGCGUCGCUGAGAACGACGUCAUCUACGCCUUCCAGGCUCCGCCCCUUUACAUCAGGGGAGGCUCUGCACGGAUCUCAGGUUAUCAUCACAGCCUCCCGUCCUCGCCGUACUCCACGGGUCCAGAGGGUCAGAGGUUGCCUCCCUCCGGCGCCUUGUCAUCAGAGUUUCUCAACCAGGGCGUCCCAGUGAAGAUUCUGCUGCUGGUGUGCAACGCCGCCGGAGCGGGCCAGCAGACCGUGAGGUUUGGACCUCCGUUCCUAAUGAGGGAGGACCGGUCUAUUUCCUGGGACCAGCUGCAGCAGAGCAUCCUCAGCAAGCUGUAUUACCUGAUGAUCAACGGAGCUCAGGCGCAGAACACCAGAGUGCUGUUCAACAUCCGGGUGGUGGGAGGGUCAGCGUUCUACAGCUACCUGUCACCUCAGGACGGCCGGCCGCUCUACCAUCCUGCUGUGGACAGAGCUCUGAAGCUGUGCGGCUCAGGAGGACCUCCACAUGUGAAGCUCAUCAUCGAGUGGGAGCACAGGAUCAAAGACUGUCUGUUUGGAAACAUCCACGAGGAGGUGGUGAAGGACGCGGACAGCGUGAGGAAUCAGCAGCAGCAGCACGUGCAGGCGUACAGCUGCACGCUGGACGAGUGUUUCCAGCUGUACACCAAAGAGGAACAGCUGGCCCCGGACGACGCCUGGAAGUGUCCUCACUGUAAGCAGCUGCAGCAGGGCGUGGUGAAGAUGAGCCUGUGGACGCUGCCCGAUAUCCUCAUCCUGCACCUGAAGCGCUUCAGACAGGUGGGCGAGCGCAGGAACAAGCUCACCACCUUCGUGCACUUCCCUCUGGCCGGCCUGGACAUGACGCCUCACAUGGUGAGCCGCGGCCACGCCUCCCAUCAGCCCCCUCUGCAGCCGGGCUGGAAACAGUCCAGACGACCCGACCCGGCUCCUCCUGACUUCCUGUACGACCUGUACGCCGUGUGCAACCACCACGGAGGGAUGCACGGCGGACAUUACACAGCGUUCUGCAGGAACUCGGUGGACGCUCAGUGGUACAGCUACGACGACAGCAGCGCCGAGCCGGUUCCUGAGGCGGAGGUGUGCACACGAGGAGCCUACAUCCUCUUUUAUCAGAGAAGAAACACCAUCCCUCUCUGGUCUGCCAGCUCCUCGCUCACAGGCUCCACCAGCUCGUCCACCUCUGACCACUGGCUGGUCCGUCUGACGGGGGGCAGCAAGCGGGGCAGUGUAGGGUCAGGAGGACCUGUUCCUGGACCUGCAGGUCCUCAUCAGGCUCCGGAGUCUCCUGAGCUCCCUGUGUUUGGAGACGAGCCGACGAAAACACAAGAAACGA